GAUUCUAAUUCAAUUCUACAAUUUCUACCAUAUUGUAUGAAGUGUAUAGAUCCCAGAUCCCAGAUUCCAGGUUUAUCUUGGUUAUCGGGAAUUAUCCCAUUGCAGUUGUCAUCCGCUCACCUCAUCAGUUUUCUUUCCUUUUUCCUCUCAUUUUCCCCCCUUAACCGCGCCUCCCCACGAAUUUUAAUUUACAGACUGCAGUGUGUGAGUGAGCUUCCUCGGAGAUUUCAGAUCGCCUGAUCGCAUUUUCUCCUCCAAUUGAGCUAGUCUCGCGUGGUCAUUCUCUUUAUUCCAAUCUCCAGCUACGCCUGUUAUCGCCCUGCCGAAUUGCUUUUUCUUCAACACGCUAGACUCGUGUGGUCCGAUUUCAGGCCCAAGUGGAUCCUUCUCCGUCUGGUGUCUGUCGAUCCGAACUUAUCGGCCUGGGUGGACUCGAAGUUUCGCGUUUGGCGACUCACCUUCAAACGGGGCUGAACGCCCUCCGCAAAAAAAACUGACUGGUGGCCCUGGUCUCCUUCCAGAAUCUCCCGACCUGAUCGGAUUACGGACUACUUAUUAUAAUAUUCUUUUGCCCACCUCGUGGCGACUCUUUUUCUCCCAGUCCCCUCUUUCUCGCCUUCUUCUCCACACCCUCCGCUCCGAUCUUCGCUAGAGGUUCUUUAGAUCUCCAGUUCCCAAUUCUUCUUUCUUACUCUCUUCUCUCUCCUCGACUAUCUCCUCGCCUGCAUUUAACAUCCACAUACACACAUACUUCCUUCAGACGACAUCCAUUUCAUACUUUCGUGUCACGCUUAGCGCCCUCGAAGCUUCCGAAUUAAUACCCAGGUUACACGCUCUCGACCAACCCCCGUCACACGAGCUCGCCUGAGCUCUCCCAGCGGCGCCCGUCAUGUCGUUCAACGGGAAAUCCGCAUACGCUCCCGACUAUGCCUCCUACAACUGGGUUGGCGCUCCCUCCAACUAUGAGCUGUCCACCAAUGCCGACCUGGGCGGGGAUUCCCGCACCGAAAAUCUGAACAAAUGGUUCCAAUCCGGCGACCAGGCCUAUAUUAUUGUGGCCUCGGCCAUGGUCUUGGUCAUGGUUCCCGGUCUGGGCUUCCUAUACUCGGGCUUGGCUCGCCGUAAGUCUGCUCUGAGUAUGAUCUGGGCUUGUAUGGCUUCCAUGUCGGUUAUUACCUUCCAAUGGUACUUCUGGGGUUACUCGCUCGCCUUCUCCACCACUGCCACCAACGGAUUUAUCGGAAACUUGCGCAACUUUGGCCUGAUGAAGACGCUCGCGGAUCCUAGCCCUGGAUCACCAUUGAUUCCUGGCUUGCUGUUUGCAUUCUACCAGAUGCAAUUCUGUGCCGUCACUGCUGCUAUCGUCAUGGGCGCCGUCGCUGAGCGUGGUCGUCUCCUCCCCGCCAUGGUCUUCACUUUCAUCUGGGCCACAGUCGUCUACUGCCCCCUCGCCUGCUGGGCCUGGAACAGCAACGGCUGGGCCUACAAGUACGGUGUCAUGGACUACGCCGGUGGUGGUCCCGUCGAGAUCGGCUCUGGUUUCACCGCACUCGCAUACAGCAUGGUCCUUGGCCGCCGCCAGGAGCGUAUGAUGCUCAACUUCCGCCCUCACAACGUCUCCCUCAUCCUCCUCGGUACCGUCUUCCUCUGGUUCGGCUGGCUCGGCUUCAACGGUGGUUCGGCCUUUGGUGCCAACAUCCGUGCCACUAUGGCCUCCUGGAACACUAACCUCACUGCUGCUUUCGGUGCGAUUACCUGGGUGCUGCUUGACUGGCGUCUGGCUCGCAAGUGGUCCAUGGUCGGCUGGUGUUCCGGCACUAUCUCCGGUCUCGUCGCUGCCACCCCCGCGUCUGGUUUCAUCUCGCCCUGGGCCAGUGUCAUUCUCGGAAUCGUCACCGGCAUCGUUUGCAAUUACUCGACCAAGAUCAAGUACUGGAUCCGCAUUGACGACAGCAUGGAUGUGUUGGCUGAGCACGGUGUCGCCGGUAUCAUCGGCCUCCUCUUCAACGCUUUCUUCGGUGAUGACGCCAUCGUCGGCCUGGACGGCGUCAACGUCGGCACCGGUGUCGGCGGCUGGGUCAUCCACAACUGGAAGCAGCUGUACAUCCAGAUCGCCUAUAUCGUGGCCACCGCCGCCUACUCCUUCGUCAUGUCCGCCAUCAUCGCCUACGCCAUCAACGCCAUCCCCGGCCUGAACCUGCGCGCCUCCGAGGAGGCCGAGCUCCUCGGUAUGGACGACGACCAGCUCGGCGAGUUCGCCUACGACUACGUCGAGGUCCGCCGUGACUACCUGGCCUGGACUCCUCAGAAGCAGGACCAGCUCGAGGAUGGCCAUGAGAUUCCUGCCGCUGAUCGCUACGGUAUCGGCGAGCACUCUGAGAUGAUGCUUGAGGGACAGGCUCCGCACGGCGAGAUCAGUCAGAGCUCGCGCGGCGGCAGCGAGGGCGAUAUGCAUCUGCACGAGGUGAAGAUUGCACCUGCUCCCAGACAGGUUGCCGAGAUGACGAGCCCACACAUGCAUGCGCCCCCUCCAACGGAUACGCCUGUUGUGUUGAAGCCUGUCGAUGAAAAGUCCGAUUAAGCACUGCGCUUGCAUCUGCAUCUCUACCUUUUGCAUUUCCACCACCUCUUCCUCCUUGGACCUUCUCAUCCCAUCUCGCCCUUGAUUUAUUUCUUUCGCAUUGUUCGAUAUCCCUCUGAGCGUGUUUCUUUCUUCGCACAAAAGGCCUGGGGCCUUUUCUUUUUCCACCCACCUACAACUACAAACCCUCUAUCCUCCUCGACAUCACCUGUAUAACCUACAACCUAUUCCACCUACCUACCCUCGAACCGACUUGACCAUUGCCUAUCACCCACCAUAUUUACUCCCUCCGCCACACCUCUUCCUCUUUCUGCCCAUCUAUCCAUGUUCUUCAAGCAAAUGUCGUUUAUUCUUGUUCCGGCGCCGAUGGUGUGUAUAUAUUCGGUGUCUAGUGAGUUCAAUUCUGAUUAUGAAGUUGGCUUUUUUUGGAUUAUUCGUUUUCUUUAAUUCUGAGUUAUGUUUCUGGUGGUGGUUGAUUGGUUAUAUUGCAGUAUAGAGAAUCGAUGUUAGACC